CUCGUCACGACGCUACGUAAUAUGUAGGAAGUACAUUUUACUGACUUGCCAUUUAAUCGGCACUUUAUUUUGACACUGUGAAUGUAUGAUCCCGCGUUAUUUUGAAUACAGAUUUAGAUUCAGGGCAUCUAAAUAUAUGGAGAUUAUCACACCGAAGGAAGACGCACACAGCCAAAACUUGAAUGCCGAUCUUCUACAAUUCAGUUGCUGUUUUGAUAAAUAUGGGGUUACAUUGAAGUAAGAAAUUGAAAAGAAAUGUUAGAGCAGUGUCUUCCUACAAAUGCGUGCUGUGUUUUUUGUGUUGUUUUGCACCCUUGCCCUGCCAUGGGAUCGCGUGAGCUGCCAGGAGUUUGUUUACUCAAACACGCAACUCGUGGCUGCUGGAAAUGCCUACACUUCAGUAUUGAUCCGCAAUGGGGACGAGUGUGAUGUGGUGAUGAAUCUGUCUGACAGUCAAAGAUGUGAAUUUGUGAAGAACACGUCGGACUGUACUUCAGAUCAAGGAUUUAUUAACUACCCUUGGAUCACCUUCUGCCUGUUCUCACCUCCUCUACUGCCCCUAGUUAUCACACUUUAUGUCCUGUGGCUGUUAAUUUUGUUCCUUGUUCUUGGAUUGAUUGCAUCAAACUUUUUCUGCCCAAACCUCUCAGCCAUCUCCUCAACACUAAGACUGACUCAUAAUGUGGCCGGAGUGACGUUCCUGGCACUUGGAAAUGGUGCUCCGGAUGUGUUCAGUGCCAUGGCUGCUUUCUCUCGCCCUCAAACUGCUGGUCUUGCUAUUGGUGCAUUGUUUGGUGCAGGGAUCUUUGUGACAACAGUUGUUGCUGGGGGUGUUGCCUUGGUGAAACCUUUCACUGUGGCGUCCCGUCCGUUCCUUCGUGAUGUUAUAUUUUAUAUGGUGUCAGUGUUUUGGACCUUCACUAUCCUCUAUAAAGGCCACAUUUCCCUGGGAGAGACCGUGGGCUUUCUGGGGCUGUAUUUUGCGUACGUUUUGGCUGUGGUUGUGAGUGCAUAUAUAUACAAUCGUCAGAAGCACCAGCUAAAUGGCUCAUUGGAGAGCUCGGACAGAGAACAGGAAGAUAUUCUCCCUUCUGAUUUACACCGGGAAGGUGGCAGCAUACAAGCCAGUGAUGGCGAGUAUGAGCCUUUGCUGCCUUACACUCUAUCAACCACUCAGAUCUUCCUAAAUGCCAUUAACCCGGUAGACAGCAGGACCUGGAGGAGAAAACACUGGAGUAGGAGACUCCUCAAAGCAAUCAAGGUGCCUGUAGAAGUGCUCUUACUGCUGACAGUUCCAGUGGUGGACACAGAUAAAGAGGAUCAUAACUGGAAACGGCCUCUUAACUGUCUUCACAUAAUCACUGGGCCACUGGUGUGUGUGCUCACCUUCCGGUCUGGAGCCUAUGGCAUAUACCUCAUUGAAGGAGAGUUUCCAGUGUGGGUGCUCAUAGCCUGUAUUGGAUUCUUCCUAUCUGGCAUUGUGUUCUUCACUACCACAAACGAACAUCCUCCUGCAUACCACUUUCUCUUUUCUUUCCUUGGUUUUGUGGUCAGUGCGCUGUGGAUCAGUACUGUGGCGUCUGAGAUUGUCAGUGUGUUGCACUUGCUGGGGAUUGUUCUCAGUCUCAGUAACACUGUUCUGGGGCUCACCUUGUUAGCCUGGGGCAACAGCAUCGGAGAUUGCUUUGCAGAUAUUACUAUAGCCCGCCAGGGAUACCCACGGAUGGCCAUCUCAGCCUGUUUUGGGGGCAUUAUCUUCAAUGUGCUGAUUGGUGUGGGUCUGGGCUGCCUGCUGCAGAUGUUCCACAGCAGUCAUGUUGUGAUGCUGGAGCCGGAGGGCAUGCUGUGCUGGGUUCUGUCUGGAGCUCUGGGUCUAUCUCUGGUCUUAUCCUUCAUACUGGUUCCUAUGCAGUGUUUCCACCUGAAUCGAGUCUAUGGCAUUUUUCUCCUGAUCUUCUAUGUCGUCUUCCUUAUUGUAGCCCUCCUCACUGAAUUUAAAAUAAUCCGUUUUUGAUGUCAGCAGGAACAUUCACCAAACCAGUGCAAUGAAAUUUAUAAGAUGAUCUCAUGAAAUGUAUAAGAUAAUCUAUUUUUUAAAUCUAUUCACUCUGAGCCAGUAAUUAUUGUGCACUAGUUGUCUUUUCAAGCAACCGUUUUGAAUCAUGAAAUUAUAAAGAAUUAUUUUAUUAAAGAGAACACUUGCAAAAAUGUUA